AUGCCGGGGUGCCUGCGCUGGCCGGGGCGGCUCCUGGCAGCGGUGGUGCUGGUGCUGCAGCUGGCUGGGAGUCUCGAGGCUGAGUGUCCCGUCCCAGAUAUCACCCACGGGCAGCUGCAUCUCGCAGAGAACUUCACCUACGGCAGCACGGCCAAGCUCGAGUGCGACGCCGGCUACAUCCCCGUGGGAGCCACCACCAUCGUGCAGUGUCCCAGCCCGGCUAUCCACCACGGGAGAGAGAUCACCCCCAGGAAAGCCGAAUACACCUUUGGGCACUACGUGGAGCUGCGGUGUGACCCCAGCUACGUGCUGAGGGGCAACGGGAGGAUCCAGUGCUGGUCCGACGGGACGUGGAAGCCCCCCGUGCCGCACUGCGACAAGGUUUGUGGUCCCCCUCCACGAAUCACCAACGGGCAGCACUCUGGCUUUGGACCAGAUCCGUUCACCUAUGGCGUACAAGUAAAGUACAGGUGCGUGGAGGGUCUGUCCCUUAUUGGGGAUGACACCAUCUACUGCACCUCCGACGAUGGGGUGAACCUGACAUGGAGCGGACCCGCCCCGGAGUGCAGGGGCGAGCCAGUUCUCUGUCCACAACCACAAGUGGCCAACGGAAGGCUGAAAAGCACUUUGGACAGUAAAACGUGGUACCAAAUAAAUGCAACCGUUACUUUUGAAUGCCUUCAUGGAUACGACUUUUCAGACAACGGAGACAUGUCUUUAGAAGACCCUGGGACAGCCACAUGCUUGCCUGAUGGCAGCUGGACACCACUGCCCAAGUGUAAGAAAGAAGGUGAUGCUGAUGUAUGCGAAGAGAUUCAUCAUAUUAAAACUGUCUCUGAAUGCGGCGUGCCUAUAGCAGACCUGAAAACUCUACUGGAAAUACAAAAGCUCUUUAUGGAGAUUAAAAAACUAAAACUCGAAUCGGAAUACUGGAACUAG